AUUUGGCGUUGUCAAUGUCAACUUAUGAGGUAAUUUUGACAUCUGACUGGGGCUCAGUUUUGUCUCUCAAUCACAAUUUUGGUUCAUAGUUGGGGCAAUUGGUGGCACAUGAGCUGCGAUUUUGAAAUUUGAGCCCCUUUUUUAAAAAUCAUUUUAUUUGGGGGUUCUUGAGAGAUACGAUAUCCUCAGAUAUGUUAAGUAUGUCGAACAUAAUUUUAAAAAGUUUACCCAGAUCAUCAUUCAGGCACUUAAGAAAAUCACUGGAAAAAGGGAUAACCGAGGUAUCUACACAGCAGAGAUAUAUUUACCAAGGGGAACAUUUAAUUCGAAAAUACAGUAUUAACUUAAAUAAAUCUAAUUCACUAAGAAAUCAUAAAUGUGUCAUCACCUGUAAUAGACAUUUUCAAACAUCUAGUGUGUGCCUCAACUCUCAAACUGUAAAAGUACCCCCCUUUGCAGAAUCAGUAACUGAAGGAGAUGUCAAACUCCAAAAGAAAGUUGGUGACUAUGUUGGCGCCGAUGAAGUUGUCAUGGAGAUUGAAACCGACAAAACCGCAAUGCCUGUUCAUUCGCCAGCUGCUGGUACUAUAACCGAAAUUUUAGUCAAUGAUGGAGAUACGGUAAAACCUGGCCAGGACCUAUUUAAAUUGAGUGUUGGAGAAGGAGCACCCGCAGCAGCUGCAGCUAAACCUGCCGAAGCUCCACCCCCACCAGCUCCGAAAGCAGCGGCACAACCAGCACCAGCUCCACCAAAACCUACACCAUCUGCGGCACCGUCUCCACCUCCAGCUGCGGCACCAGUCCCACCUCCACCUAGACCUGCGGCCCCCUUAAGUUCUAUACCUGUUGCUGCAAUACGUCACGCUCAGUCAUUAGAAGCAGCAACUGUUAAGUUACCUCCGCAAGAUCCAACCCAGGAAAUAACUGGCACACGCACCGAACAUAAAGUCAAAAUGAAUAGAAUGAGACAAAGGAUUGCUCAACGACUCAAAGAAGCACAAAAUGUGAACGCAAUGUUGACUACUUUUAACGAAAUUGAUAUGACGAAUAUAAUGGCUUUUCGUAAGGAAAACCAAGAGCAGUUUUUGAAGAAACACAAUGUGAAAUUAAGUUUUAUGUCAGCUUUCAUGAAGGCUACUGCUUAUGCUUUACAAGAUCAGCCUGUCGUCAAUGCUGUUAUAGAUGGCACUGACAUACUUUACAGAGAUUAUGUCGACAUUUCUGUUGCUGUAGCUACUCCAAAAGGGCUUGUGGUGCCUGUUAUAAGGAAUGUUGAAAGAAUGAAUUAUGCUGAUAUCGAAUUAGCUAUAGCACAUGUAGCUGAGAAAGCUAGGAAAGGUCAGUUAGCUGUAGAAGAUAUGGACGGAGGUACUUUCACAAUUAGUAAUGGCGGUGUAUUUGGUUCCCUAUAUGGAACUCCCAUUAUAAACCCUCCUCAAUCUGCCAUAUUAGGAAUGCACGGGAUAUUUGAUAGGCCAAUUGCUUUAAAAGGACAGGUUGUAAUUAGACCAAUGAUGUACAUAGCAUUGACUUACGAUCACAGGCUUAUUGAUGGACGUGAAGCUGUGUUUUUCUUGAGAAAAAUAAAACAAGGUGUAGAAAAUCCAGGUUCAAUAUUGGCUGGUCUUUAAAUCACGCUAAAUAAUAAAUGAAGAAUUCGUGUUUGUAAACAAGUGUUUGGUUUAGAUCAUUCUGAGUCUAUCUUCCCAUGAAGCAAAGUACUAAUGUUUUAAAUAUUUUAUUUUAUCAAGGGAGACUUACAGAAAUUUAAAUUAUUAAAAUUAUAUAUAUUUAAGCUUUAUUUUUGUGUUUAUCAGUUCAAAAAAGUAUUUAUCUUUGGUAUUCAUUAGGUUUUGCCUCCAACACUAUUUAUUAAAUAAAUACAUUUUUUUGUU